AGUUGACACACUUUCUGAAAUAUUAUACAUUCCUAGCAAAAUCAUAAAUUAAUUAAAUUUGAUAAGUUCAGAGAAUUGAUUGUAAAUUUGUUUGAUAAUAGCUUUACAUCUUAAUUAUUAAAUGAAUAACAUUAUACAGCCAUGAAUCAUAGCUUACAAAAUCUUAUCGAGUCUUUAAAAUAGUCCCUCGAAUAUUUUGAAUGCACUUAUAAAUAGUAAAAUACGCACACAUAACUAGAAAGCUUGAUGAAUUCUAUGAAAAAAUGCACCCUCGUAAAAAGAUUGUACCCUCGUAAAAAUAUUGUACCCUUAUUAUUCCAAAAAGUACCUGAUUUAGGGUUAAUAGCUAUUGCUUCAUUGUAACAUUCAAUUGCUUCUUAAUAUUGUUUCAAUUCAUGUAAAACUAUACCCAAUAGAAAUUUCUUAAUCAAUAAUUAAAAGUAUGAAAUAGAUAAAGAACUCCUUAAUGAAUAUAUAAAUUAUUACGUUUAGAAGUUUGAAAUUAGUUAAUAUACUCAUCAAAAUCUCAAUAAAUUUAAUUUACGGAUGAUUUCAAGACUGCCAAGGCAGUUGAUUAAAAGUGUUUCCUUUAUUAUUCAGGAUAGGAAAAAUAAAACAAGAUGGUCAUGUAUGUAGUAAUGAAUAUCCUAAAUAU